CCGUUUACGUUCAGCAAAUUGGGUUAUGUUAAAUGAUUAUUUAUAAUAUCAUUAAUUUUUUGUUUCGGCGUUUGUUGAAUUAUCAUCGUUUAUUAUCGAGUCACUGUCAACUGUGCACCAGCCCGAGUCGGAAACUACAGGAAUCGAGUCGAACCCAUCUUGCGGAGCUUCGCAAUCCGCAUCAGAACUGCUGAAAGACGGGCUUAUCAGGUACGGAAGACUGGAUACUUCUACUUUCUGCCACAAUAAUGCCGUACAACGAUUGCCGAACUAACUGCGUCGAUAUUUUGAGCGACAACGACCAGUUCCACCGUGGGCGCGUGGUGGAUGUGGCCGACAGCGGACUGUUCAUUGACGUCUGUUCUAACCGCCGGCGUGAACUCAUCCCCUUCAACCGGAUUUUUCAGAAUGUUAAGCCGUUGAUGGAAAAAGACCUGGCCGAAGCGUACGCUCACGCCCGACCCAACAUGACCAUCCCGGUGGACGUGCUGGUGCCCGAGACACCCGGCGGUCCAUUGGCUUGGUUCCCCGCAGAAAUCGUCAACAUGAUGCGUGGGUUACGGCAUAAAACCUGCAGCACUGUCGUAGUCCAGUGGGUACAAAAUGACGUACCGUGUACGGAUCUGGUGCGAUUGAACCGACUGCGUUGGAGACUGGCAAGCGAUUGGUGGGCCACUAUAAGCCGGAAAGGUCCAGUUUUGCGAUCGGUUUCGGAGAAUUGGCAUGAUGGUAUUUGUGAGUUAGGCAAAAUGAGCACUUGGUUACAACCAGUUGGACCAGGCGCCUUCGAGAAGCGCAGUGUAUCGUUGCCGAUAGACUGCUGCCAUGUGGAUGUCGAUAAGCUGAUGCAGAACCUGAAGGGCAAAGCGUGUCGUAGCGCAACCGUAGAGAACGAUGACCGCCCAGUUUAUUUUGUGGACAUAAAAGACGGUCGUGUCUCGUACCUUUGGCGACAUCUGCCUAAGGGAAUUCUGCAGGAGAUUAUUUGUUUCAUUGACUUCGCUCAGUACCAGGCUGGUCGAUGCCAUGACGGACUAAUCGCGCGUAUCCGACAAAUAAGUGGACUGCUCCCUCAACAAAGGGCUUCCCUUGUGGAGCGCGAGGAAUCAGAUAAUCUACUUGUGCUGUCGACAGCCGUGCUGCUGGAAGUGUUUUCCCAAUUGGACACCCACACACAGACCGGAUUACAUACGUAACGUUUGUGCUGCAUGGAACUGCGUCUUGCAGUCCCCUGUGUUGUCGGUCUGCAUCGUUGUUGCGAACUCUGGUGGAAAUCGUAACAUUUCGCUCGCCGAUAAGUUGCACUGCUUUUUGUUGUCACCUGUUCUCAAGUUUCUCCGCAAACCGACACGAUACAUUGUAGUGGACAAUCGUAAUACCUGGAUCGAUACCGGGGAUUUUCUGGCGCUGGCGGAAAUUAUGCACUAUGUUGGCCAGCGAACAGGGAGUCGAUUGCGAACGGUUUAUUUGGUGGGACUCCGUUUGAAACUCCAGUUCGAUAAGAUCCUUGACUCUGAGGAGUAUAAAUAUGAAAAAUGUCAACUGCAUCGCCACAGCGCGGACGAUAACCUUGGUUUAUCCCUGCCCACCUAUCGUCUGGUCGACUUCAUCGCCGCUUGUGGUAGCAUGUGGUGUGAUACCAUUUACCUGGUCAACUGGUGCCUCGAUUUAGCUAACGCUAAGUUAGACCGAUGGGAAAGGAUUCGACUGUCGGUUAAGGUAACGAAGGGCUCAUUUUCAGUGAACAGUGAUAUGGGCAGCGUGAUAUGGACUGUACUGGAGAAAGGUGUGCCGCAGCCACGUCAGGAGCAACUUAACGUUUUGUCGUCAUGGUUGGCGUCCGUCAGUGCUAAUGAAAGCCAUCGUUUUGAGAAACUGCUAGCCUGUAGGGCUCUAUGUGCAACGCAGACAGCUGACCCGCGCCGAUCUUUGCAUUACCGCGGCAAAGAGUGGUGUGUUGACGGCCUGAAAGACCUGCAAAGGGAAAAGGUGACUCCGGUGGCACUGCACUUCCUGAUCCGACUGGCUGAAUAUUUUCUUCGACGAUUUACGAUGGAUGACGACUCAAAUUAUGACGAUUACGGCGGUUAUGAUCAUGCGUUUGCGGAUGAUGAGGGUGGAGGGUAUCAUGAUUCAGAUUAAGUGUAUCAACACAUCCAAUUUUUAUUGGAUAGGGUAUUAGUUAUAAGGACUUACAGUUUUCUUGAACCCAGACGUAAAUUUGCGGUAUCGUCUGCUCUAAUAAUAUGGAAGUUGUAAAUUGUUUUUUUCGGGCAGUGCGGAAAGCUGUGGUCUGGGCCUGACUGGCCUUAAUUGUUGUGAACUUCAA